AUGACAGUCACAGACGGUAACGUGAUUCGUUUCCACCUCCAGGUUCUUCACGGCAUCAGCGUGAAGAGCUUAGAGAAGAGGAAGGAGCGGCUGUUCAUCGGAGGGGUGAAGAUCUUCGGUGUUCCUCUGGAGAACCUACCCAGGACGUACAUGCCUGAGUUUGGACUCGUGCCCUGUUUUCUGGUGGAUGCUUGCUCGUUUCUACUGGAGCGUGCUGGGACUGUGGGCCUGUUCAGGAAACCAGGCUCUCUUCCUCGCAUCAAGGCCCUCAGGGCCAAGCUGAACAGAGCAGAGGACUGUGUGAGCACCGCUGUCCCCUACGACGUGGCCACGCUGGUCAAACAGUUCUGCAGGGAGCUGCCGGAGCCUCUGUUCCCCCCCGAGCUCCACGCUGCCUUGCUCAAGGCCCAGUCGCUGUCCGAGGUGCAGGACAGGACGUCCGCCCUCCAGCUGCUGUCCUGUCUGCUCCCUGCCAGGAACUCCUCCUGUCUGCAUUACCUCCUCAACUUCCUCUCGGGGGUCUCCAAGAGAUCCUCUGAGAACCUGAUGACCAGCUCCAACCUCGCCACCGUCUUUGUUCCAUGUCUUAUGCCCCCCCCCAACAAGACGGAGAUGUCUGAAAGUCGACUGGAGCUGCGAGUUCUCGUCCUGCGCACCUUCAUUGAUAAUCCUCAGUUAUUCGGUGUGAUUCCUAAGGCUGUAAUGGACAGUAUGGAAUUCCUGAAUGAUUUCGAUAUUCCAAAACAAGCUCAUCCAAAGAAAGGACAAAGGAAGAGGCAUAGCUUCCAAGAGCCCAGAGUCGACACCAGGGGGCAGACACACCCUCAGGAGAAGCCUCGGUUUGGAGACUUUCCCCAACGUCCGGCUCUUCAGGACGUGUUUGCCCUGCACAGCGACCUGCGUCUCGGUCACUUCUCCUGCAGGUUGACCAGAGAGCUGGCGGCUCACAACCUCCCGGUGCUCACCGGCAUGACGCGCUCCGGCCCCGCGGUGCUCUUCUCCCUGCUCGGCCUCCUCCUGGGGCUGCAGCUCGGCACAGCUUCGGCCCGCAGCCCCCGCACGGCGGACCAGGUGUCCGAGGCCGACAUCCAGCGGCUCCUGCACGGCGUCAUGGAGCAGCUGGGCAUCGCCCGGCCCCGGGUUGAGUAUCCAGCCCACCAGGCCACCAACAUAGUCGGGCCCCAGAGCAUCCAGGGAGGUGCACACGAGGGGCUUCAGCAUCUCGGCCCUUAUGGGAACAUCCCGAACAUUGUGGCUGAGCUGACGGGCGACAACGUUCCCAAAGACUUCAGUGAAGACCACGGAUACCCGGACCCUCCAAACCCCUGUCCCCUGGGGAAGACAGACGGUUGUUUGGAAAACGCUCCCGACACGGCCGAGUUCAGCCGAGAGUUUCAGAAGCACCAGCAUCUGUUUGACCCGGAGCACGACUACCCAGCUCUGGCCAAGUGGAACAAGGAACUGUUGUACCAGAAACUGAAGGGAGGACCCAAGAGAAGAAAAAGGAGUGUCAACCCAUAUUUAAUGGGCCAGAGGCUGAACAACGUGGUCGCCAAGAAAUCUGUUCCUAGCUUCGCCGAGGAAGAGGAGGAGGAAGCACCGACCGUCUCCCCUGUCGCCAAAUCCACGACCUAAACCCCGUCAGCCGCAGCACUCGCUGUCAUAUUAAAGUACAGAUACAAGAUUUAACACCACAUGUUCAAGUGUUUUGGUUGAAAGCAAUUAAAUGAUGAAUCCACUGGAGAUGCAAUGAAAUAAUUGAAAUGGAGAAAAGAUAAGAUAUCUUAAAGAUUUUUAUUGUGAAUUUCAAUUGAUCAAAUUCUAUAAUCCAGCAAAACUUUACUAGUGUGUAUUUACUUUAACAUAUGGGAAUUAUAAUCUGACACCAACAGAACCUGCUUAACAAUUUUUAGUUGUUGAAACUCUGAUGCAGGAUAACUGACCAGGCAAAGUAGGCAAAUAAAAGAAGUGGCAGGUCUCAAGUAGAAUAUCUGUUAUCACAAGUUCUCCACCUUCCGUCUUGUGUCUCUGGUCUUGAAAGGUAAAAUAUGUUUUAAAGUUAAUUCACUAUUUUCUGUGUGUAAAGUAAAUGACACAAAAAACCUCAAUCAACGACAAAAGUGGACACAAAGUUUAGCACAAAUGUUUGUCUACAAAUAACAAAAUACAAAUCUGACAUGUGAGGCUCUUUCAUGACCUCGACUCUCUCCUCCUCCAUGUUCUUUUAACCCUCUGGCUCCAUGCUCCUCCUUUCGAGAUGCAGUAUCACCUGUUAUGGUCAGUUACAGUUACACACACACAGGGUCUUCUGAUUGGUCAAAUACUAAAAUAUUGCUUCCAGUGGCCGGUUGCUAAGACAGCACCUAAUUACCCGAGCUGCCCGUCCUUAUCAGGAGAGUUUCCUCCUGCACUCUGGUGCUGCAGCGUACCUCCACCCUCAGUAACCUUGACAGAUAACGACGAGUCUGCAGGUCAACGUGAUCUUUCUCUUCUCCACCUUGACUAAAUGUAUCCUUUGCUUUAUUGAAAAUAUCUAAAUUUAAUGAGAACCAGUUUCCUUCAACACUAGGGUCACUGUGAGGUUAUAUCCAACGUUAGCUUUCUUUUAAUGAGUAAAGACAAAACAGGACUUCAAAAGUAAUGAUAGUUGUUCACUAACAUUGAAAACUAGGAAACAAAUAAAAUUACUUUUCGAGGAGUUGGUACGAGUGAAUACUUAAUUUUAAAUAAUGCAAGUUGUAGCCAAAGAGUUAUUUUAAAACAUUCGACUUACCUGUUGGUUCUGAACACUUACGCUUUGUAAACAACAAUUAAAUUGGGCUUUUGUUGAGAUUUCUAAAGAAAUCUGCUUAUUUUAAGUAUAUUCUAAUAUUGCAGGAUACAGUAUAUUAUGUUAUUCAGUUGACUUUUACACCAAUUCUUUAUUUUUCCUAAUAAAUCAAGGAGUGUAAAAAAGUCCCAUUGCCUUAAAUUCAACCCUUCAACCCAAAAUACAUGAAUAAGUGGUGUUAAAAACUUACCUGGAAGUGUAACACAUCUACAUAUUAUAUAAGUUGUAUAAAGAUAUAUUGAAUCAGUAAGAUUAUUAUUAUUAAAAACUGUAAAAAUAUCAAUUUACUCACUGAUAUUAAUUUUUUUUAAGUCAUGAUAUGAGCAGUUACUCACCUCGGUGUCUUUAAGCAAAGAUUCAAUAUAUUCAUAGAAGUUAAUAAGCUUUGUUUUUCUCCUGCGUGAGGGAUGAUGAAAUGUUUCACUAUAGCAUGUAAACAAGAUUAUUCAGACUGGGAUUUAUUCACUUCACUAAACUGCAGUAAACAGGAGUCUCCACGGGCACUGGGAUCUCUCUCGGGUCACUUUAUCUUGCCAAAUGUGUUUUUUGUUGUUCUGUAAAGUCAAAUAAACGAUUUAUCUGCAUUGACAAA